GUCUGAAUUGAAACUACAAAUGUUUUUGUUUUGAUCGAUCCUGCAUGCAUGCAAUUCAAUGUCAUGAAUAGUGAAAAGCUGAUGAUGGAAACAUUAUCUAAAUAUCAAACGUUGCGUUAGAUAAGUUUUGCGGAAGGAAUCAUUUGUUCUCCAGUCAGUCUGUGUACAGUUUCUUAUCAUUUUUGUCCGUAUUCUGAAGUAUAUAUUUACCGACAUGAAUCCCAAUCACUUAACAUUUAUCCCAUCGAUGACCAGCAAAACACUUUCGUUUUUUUGCCGGUUACAUGCACCGAAAGGAGUGGGACUACACUGUCUACAGCUCCAGGCACAGUUGAAGCUGCCGCUACAUCACUGUCGUUUGGCGUCGACAGUAUCAUCAACCAACGGCAACGCGAUGGACUAUCAUCGAUAUUUCAACGAGGUCUCAAAUUCCCGCAAACCAUCUCCAAUUCGUAAACUUUCUGAAUUGUUGAUGACAGGGCCUCCCACCUUGAUCUCGCUUGCAGCAGGUAUACCUAAUGUGGACAUGUUUCCCUUUGAGAAGUCAAGCAUUACACUCAAGGAUGGUACUGAACUUCAAAUGUCAUCUGAAGAAAUGAAAGUAGCACAACAGUAUGGUGUCACUUCAGGUUAUGGUGACCUCCGUGACUGGCUGAUGGCCCUCCAAGUUAAAAUGCACAAUCCUCCAACACAAAGUAGAACAGAUGGCAGCAAACUUGAAAUGGCAAUUACAGCAGGAAGCCAGCAUGGGCUCUGUAUGGCAUGUGAAGCACUUAUAUCAAGAGGGGAUAAGGUGUUAGCUGGUGUACCCUUAUAUUCAGGUGCUAUAGCAAUGAUGGAACCACUUGGGGCAGACAUUAUUCAUGUUAAUGUAGACGGUGGCGGUUUGAAUCCAGAUCAUCUAGAACAGGUUCUAUCAAGAUGGGAUCCCGAAGAUAGCAAGAAAGAGGGGUCCGAUAUACCAAGGGUGCUUUAUUUGGUUCCUAAUGGAGACAAUCCCACUGGUAGCUGUGUUACACUGGAAAGGAGAAAAAGAAUUUAUGAGCUGGCCAGAAAGUAUGAUCUACUAAUCCUUGAAGAUGAUGCCUAUUAUUUCUUGCAAUUUGGUGAGGAGAGGAGUCCAAGUUUUCUUUCCAUGGACGAUGACGGGAGGGUUCUCAGAUUUGAUUCUUUUGCCAAAAUAAUUUCUGCAGGUCUUCGUGUAGGUGUAUGUACUGGUCCUCAGGCGAUAGUUACACGUAUCAUCAUGCAUAUGCAGGCUUCUGUCCUUCAUACCAGUGUCCUUACUCAACUCACCUUGUACAAGUUACUAAAUCACUGGGGUAUAGAUGGACUAUUAAGCCAUGUAGGGAAAGUAGCAGCCUUCUACAAACAGAGAAGAGAUAUCCUACUUGCAGCAAUGGACAAGCACCUGAAAGGUCUUGCCAAGUGGAAUGUUCCGACUGGGGGGAUGUUUGUUUGGAUGGAACUGAUUGGUAUAAAUGAUUCCUAUGACCUCAUCUCUAAGAAAGCCAUGGAGAAAGAAGUCUUGUUUGUCCCUGGUAUAGCCUUCUAUCCUGAUAAGACCAAACCAUCUCCAUUCAUCAGGGCAUGUUUCUCUGUCUGUUCUGAUGAUAACAUGGAAGAGGGUAUACGACGACUAGCUGAGUUGCUUAAAGAUGAGCAGAAGACAAAGUAGGAUCUUUUCAUCUAAAUGAUAAAGCUGCCAUUGUUUGAUAACACCAUCAUAUUCUUAUACAUGUUGCUUUUUUAGCCCCCCCUUUCAACAUUUAAAGAAUAAAUCUUUGAUGUGAAAAAUAUCAUGUCACGAUAUUUCAUUAUUUUUUCUGUUCAAGUCUCGCACAACUUUUAAGAUCAAAUUCGCGAUGCCUGGGUAUGUGAUUCGGAAGUCAGAUCCCAAAUUGCUAAAAAAUGUGAUUUGUUGUACAAAUCCAAUGCAAAUUGUGUAUGGUCAUAGAUUCAUCAUUAUUUUCACUUUUACUAAUUGUAAUUUAUUUCAUGUUAUGUACCACUGAAAUUGUGUUGCUAACAAUUUCCGUCAAAAACACAAUAAAAAACAAAGCAAAAUAACAAAGAAAUAUAUAUGAAAUUAAACAACCUCUAAAAUACCUAAGAAAAAAAAGAACAACUUUAUUUUAAUAUAUAUUUGACUAAGUAUCAUACAAAGUGUGUCCAGACCAACAUUUAUCAGUUUUGGAGCUACAUUUAAAGGUCAAGUCCACCCCAGGAAAAUGCUGACUUGAAUAAAUAGAUAAAAAUGAAACUAGCAUAGUGCUGAAAAUUUUAUCGAAAUCGGAUGUAAAAUAAGAAAGUUAUGACAUUUUAAAGUUUCGCCUAUUUUUCACAAAAAAGUGAUAUGCACAACUAGGUGAUUCAGUCGAUGAUGUCCAUCACUCACUAUUUCUUUUGUUUUUCAUUGUUUAAAUUGUACAAUAUUUCAUUUUUUAUAGAUUUGACAAUAAGGACCAACUUGACUUAACCAUAUAGUAUUAAACAAUGCUAAUUCAACAUGUUCAUGGAGGAAUUAAUCGUUGUAUCACUUGACAGUGAGGAGAAAAUUAGAAUAUUUCAUAUUUCAUAUAAUGAAAUACAAAAGAAAUAGUGAGUGGAUGACAUCAUAGUCUCCUCAUUUGCAUACCAACCAGGAUGUGCAUAUAACUGUUUUGUUAAAUUAAGCGAAACUUUAAAAUGUCAUAACUUUCUUACUUUACAUCCGAUUUUGAUGAAAUUUUCAGUGUUAUGCUUGUUUAAUUUUUUUUUUUUUUUUAAUUCAAAUCAACUUUCUGUUGGGGUGGACUUGUCCUUUAAAGAUUUAAGGCCAAAUUAUGAUUUAUGCACUGAUUAGCAUAACUAAACAUAAAUUUGAAUGAUUUGGUACUAUUAAUUAUCCAGUAUUCGAAAUUAUAUCAUGGGUGAUAUACUUGCCAAUAGAUCUUUGUCUCAAUCAUGCGAUCAGCAACCAAAAUCUGAGGGGGAGCCACUUGUUUCCUAUAUUCAUAAGGAACCCUGGAAGCGUUGUGGUGUAGUGGUUCUGACUCUUGCCUCUUAAUCAGAGGGUUGUGUGUUUGACUUUGACAUGUGGAAGCUCUCUUUCCCAAAGCUAACAUAGAGGGCCUCCUGUUUCCAAAUCCCUAACCCAGUACCAGUUCACCAAUCUCUCCAUGCAGAUUAGCCUCUUGUCAAGGCACUGGGAGCUGAUAUUAUACCUACCAAACCCUAACUCGCUCCACUGCACUCGUCACAUCACUUGCUUGUCUCAGGAUCAUAAACAACAAACCAAGAGCAGCUGCCAAGGCCUUGACAAGAAGCUACAUGCAGAUGAGGGGAUUGGCACUGGGUUAGUGAUACAGGAGGCCCUCUAUGUUAGCUUUGGGAAAGAAUUAUGUCGAAGUCCAAUCUGGGGCCUGUAACACAAAUCUUAGCAAUGAUCAUAGAACAUUUUUCUACGAUUGAUUCUAUUGACUACAAUGUACAAUCUAUCAUGAAAAUGAAGCAUACGAUUAAUCGCUAACCUUUGUGUUACUGGAUCCUGGACUGCCUUUGGCAAGGUGUCAGUCCAUGCUUUGCCACUCUCCACCAAGGUGUUCGAUUGUCAUCUGGUGUGAUACAAAAGCCUAUAUGUAGUAUGCCUAGGAAUUGAGUCUUGAAACUCUUGUUGGAAUACUCCCAAGGGAGUGGAGAAAGUGCAAGCUAUGCUCCGAUUGCCAGGUGAUAAGAUAUCUGUAAAGCACUUCGAGACGUACCGAUAUAUUAAGCACUAUAUAAAAGUGGAAUAUUAUGUUUUUUUAUUUAUUGAAUAAAAAAAAAUCAUGGUAUGUAUAAAGACAGUAAUGAGUGAUUAAAACAAUUAGAGACAAAAUCAAACAUGAAUCAAAGGAAAAGAAAACACCUGGUGUAAUUAUAUAACAUUGAAUUGAAAAUUGAAAAAAAAAAAAUUUCUAUACAUGCAGCUAACCCGUUCUGAUGGAGGUAAAUUAUUUUCUUUCUCUCGUCUUGCUCACCAGAUCAUGUUUAUAUAAAAAUUUCAUUAUUAUGAACAGUAGUAGUAUGAAAAUGCUUUCAACUUUGAAUAUUCAGAAAUAUCAGGUACGUUUACAUCCAUGUAUCUGACAACAUGCUUUGUUUAGAAUAUUUAUUUCAUUCACGAGUGUAAUGUAUAGUGGUUUGUUUAAUAUUGAUUGUGUAAAUUUUUAAUAUUAAAUAUUCUGACAAAAUCAUCUUUUCCUUGUUACACACAUAUUAUGGUAUUGCUAUCUCUUGAUUAAGUCAAACAUUGGUUCUUUUCCUCCUGUUUUGUUUGUUAAAGUAGAAAUUUUGUUUCAAAAUAAAUACUUUGUUAAGUUGCAAAUGAUAUUUUUAUCGACUGAAGUAUGGAAAGCCAAAAUGAGGUUCUGAAUCACUUAUUUUCAUUAGCUUUUAGUUAGACCAUACAGAUAUUAUUUGUCAUUCUUACUUGAAAUGCACAUUGUAGUGUCAUGUUAUGGAAUCAUUUGAAAUAUAUAUAUUAGUUAUCAAUGAGGACAGAAAUAGAAAAAUAUUGAAGGUGAAAUUUUGACAUGGUUCCCUCUUUCUGUUUUUAUCAUAAAAUGAAAAUAUUCUGAAUGUUAUUCUGAUUUUUAUUUAUUGACUGGAUCAUUAGCAAUCACAAAAGAUGCUAUUGUUGUGAUUUUACUGCAGUUGCAGGCGGUGGGGGAUCUAGCCAGGUUGAACACAAUACUAUUUCAGACGCCAUAUUGUUUUUGCACAAUAGUCGGCCUUUCAAAACUAUUGUUUCUAAUCCAGUUACAUCUACGCUUGCUUGCAAGUAUGUAUUUUGUAUAAAAGAUUGCAGCAUUUUAUUGUUUAAUUUAGAUUUGGUGCACUGUCUGCAGAAUGAGUGAUUUGAAAAAAAAAUAUAGAAAAAGAAUUUUGAGUUGAAUUUAAGGACAGUCGACUAAAUGAGGGGAAGGUAUGUGAAAAUCUUGAAAACAACUGAAAUAUGAUAAAUCUACCAGUAGUGUGGAAUAGAUAUUCGCAGGGAUUAUGAUUCUCACUUAGAAAACUGAAAUUGUACUUAUGGUCAUUGGAACACAAAAUCUGAAGUUGUCAAAUGUCUUUACUAUUUAAAAGAGUAUGCAUGUAUAUUCUAGAGACUUUCACUUAAAUCAUAAGAAUAUAGGAGGUAAAUUAUAUCGAAUUAUAUGAGAAUUUAUAUAACAAUAUUAUAUAGAUUAUAUCUUCUGAAAUGAAAUACUGAUUCCAGGUACUAAUUGUAGAUCUUUUAUCUUUAUUGAAGUCAAUAUUUUUAUUCUAAAAAGAUCAUAUUUGUAUAGAAUACGUGUUUAUCAGUUGAUUUCUGGUUUAACUGAACAUCAAUAAAUAUGGUAUAAAAAAUCC